AUGGACUUGAGCACAUUUUUCUUCAAGAAUUUCAAGAAAUUAUUGGAAAAUCGUCGAAUUGUUUUUCAAUUUUUGGUUCGUUGCGAUGAAAUAUCGGAAAAUGUGGAAUUGUUUGAUUUCGGAUGCAAAAAUCGAUUCGGAAAUGUGAGUUUUUUGUCCAAUAAUGUCUUUCUCAACUUUCUCAAUUUUUUGUGCUAUUGAUUUUCCCUGAAAACCAGCUUUUUCUUGCAAUUUUUGGAAAAUUUUAAAAAAAUGAGAAAAUAAAGAGUGUGCAAACACCGUUGCGCGCUACAGUAAUAUUUAUUUUUUUUUGAAAAAAACUCUGUAAUUUUCAGCCGCUGAAUUCGAAAAAUGGUCAAGUUCGUGAUCAGCUGGUAUUGGAUAGAUUUUGUUUGAAGAUCGAGAAGAAUUCGCGUGAAAAACUGAAAUUUGAUCGAUGA